CAAAACAGAAAUUGUUACACAGAUACCGCUCUUAUGUACAUAUCCCAUAUCCCUAUAGAGAAUCGUCGUGCCUUCUUUUUUCAUUUUCUAUAUGCAAUAGAAAAAAUAGGAAUUAUGAUAUAGUGCGACCUGACUUCUGUUGCCACAAGUGAAAUUACGAUAAAAGAUGUGAUAUGCGGACAGGUAGAUAGCUAUAUUGGCAUGCACUUAAUAAAUAUUACUCCUAUUACGCAAUUCAAUCAUAUUCUAUAUAUUCUACUAGCAAAAAAAUAAUUCGAAAUUUUUUUUGAACAUGAAAUGAAACUCAAAUAAAAUUAAGUAUGCUAAAAAGGGAAACUCUAUAUUGUUCCUGUUGUACCUGUCGCAAAUUCGAACUUGCGUCGAAAAUGCUCUUCAUUCCUCUGUCUCAUUUCCGUUCAUACGUAUGAAAUACAUAUAUGGUAUAUGGAGUUGGCUAAAAUUUCAUGUGAUUCAGUAAACAGAAUAUACAUUCCAUCAUUGCUAGAUCGAUCCGUAUGGUUCGAUAAAUAGUGAGCUAAUAAUGGGAUUUUUCAAUAAACAGGAAACUUAAGAUUAAGAUGCUCCGGAAUGAUGGAAAUGAGGGAAUGUCCACAAUACCUGGAUUUAGUCAGAUCCAAUUUGAGGGAUUUUGUAGGUUCAUUAAUGAGGGCUUGACGGAAGAAUUUCAUAAGUUUCCAAAAAUUGAAGAUACAGAUCAAGAAAUUGAAUUUAAAUUAUUUGUGGAAAGAUAUCAAUUGGUAGAACCCUUGAUAAACGAAAGAGAUGCUGUGUAUGAAUCACUCACAUAUUCUUCUGAAUUAUAUGUACCCGCGGGAUUAAUUUGGAAAACCGGUAGAGAUAUGCAAGAACAAACCGUUUUUAUUGGAAACAUUCCCCUAAUGAAUUCCCUGGGAACCUUUAUAGUAAAUGGAAUAUACAGAAUUGUGAUCAAUCAAAUAUUGCAAAGUCCUGGUAUUUACUACCGUUCAGAAUUGGACCAUAACGGAAUUUCUGUCUAUACCAGCACAAUAAUAUCAGAUUGGGGAGGAAGAUCGGAAUUAGAAAUUGAUAGAAAAGCAAGGAUAUGGGCCCGUGUAAGUAGGAAACAAAAAAUAUCUAUUCUAAUUCUAUCAUCAGCUAUGGGUUCGAAUCUAAGAGAAAUUCUAGAUAAUGUUUGUUACCCUGAAAUUUUCUUGUCUUUCCCGAAUGAUAAGGAGAAAAAAAAGAUUGGGUCAAAAGAAAAUGCUAUUUUGGAAUUUUAUCAACAAUUUGCUUGUGUAGGCGGGGAUCCGGUAUUUUCUGAGUCUUUAUGUAAAGAAUUACAAAAGAAAUUUUUUCAACAAAGAUGUGAAUUAGGAAGGAUUGGUCGACGAAAUAUGAACCGGAGACUGAAUCUUGAUAUACCUCAGAACAAUACAUUUUUAUUACCACGAGAUGUAUUGGCUGCUGCGGAUCAUUUGAUCGGAAUUAAAUUUGGAAUGGGUACACUUGACGAUAUGAAUCACUUGAAAAAUAAACGGAUUCGUUCUAUAGCGGAUCUGUUACAGGAUCAAUUCGGACUGGCUCUUGUUCGUUUAGAAAAUGCGGUUCGAGGAACUAUAUGUGGAGCAAUUCGGCAUAAAUUGAUACCGACUCCUCAAAAUUUGGUAACUUCAACUUCAUUAACAACCACUUAUGAAUCGUUUUUUGGCCUACAUCCUUUAUCUCAAGUUUUGGAUCGAACUAAUCCAUUGACACAAAUCGUUCAUGGGCGAAAAUUGAGUUAUUUGGGUCCUGGAGGAUUGACGGGGCGAACUGCUAGUUUUCGGAUACGAGAUAUUCAUCCUAGCCACUAUGGACGUAUUUGUCCAAUUGACACGUCCGAAGGAAUCAAUGUUGGACUUAUUGGAUCCUUAGCCAUUCAUGUGAGGAUUGGCCAUUGGGGAUCUAUAGAGAGUCCAUUUUAUGAAAUAUCUGAAAGAUCAAAAGAGGCACAGAUAGUUUAUUUAUCACCAAAUAGAGAUGAAUAUUAUAUGGUAGCAGCGGGAAAUUCUUUGGCCUUGAAUCGGGGUAUUCAGGAAGAACAGGUUGUUCCAGCCCGAUACCGUCAAGAGUUCCUGACUAUUGCAUGGGAACAGAUUCAUCUUAGAAGUAUUUUUCCCUUCCAAUAUUUUUCUAUUGGAGCUUCCCUCAUUCCUUUUAUCGAGCAUAAUGAUGCGAAUCGGGCUUUAAUGAGUUCUAAUAUGCAGCGCCAAGCAGUUCCGCUUUCUCAGUCCGAGAGGUGCAUUGUUGGAACUGGACUGGAACGCCAAACGGCUCUGGAUUCGGGGGUUUCCGCUAUAGCCGAACACGAGGGAAAGAUCAUUUAUACUGACCCUCACAAGAUCAUUUUAUCAAGUAAUGGGGACACUACUAUAAGUAUAAGUAUUCCAUUAGUUAUCUAUCAACGUUCCAACAAAAAUACUUGUAUGCAUCAAAAACCUCAGGUUCCGCGGGGUAAAUGCAUUAAAAAAGGACAAAU